AAAAACACAAUGUUAGAACAAAACAACGGCACAGCAAUAUAAUAUAUGGCAGCACCAAAUGCCAAUAGCUACAAAACUGUAUGCAUCCAACGUGACAUCCACACUCAACUCAAAAACCAAUUCCAAUAAUGGCGACCUUAUCUAUGUCAUCUUGAUCGUAAUCCCCGUCAUCAAACUCUUUCUUUAUUCUACGAUUCACAAUCAAAACCCAACAACUUCAACUCUCCAAUCUCUAUCCUCAAUUCAACCCUUUUGGUGGCAACUUCUAUUUAUGCUACAAAAAAUGCUGCGAUUGCACUUCACCACCGCACUCUCUCACUUUGCUUCCAAGGCCUCACCUUUUCCUCUCACACCCGUUUCCGUUACCGUUUCCAGAGCUAUUGUUUGCAACAACCCCACCAGGUUCAGAUCGCAAAUGGGUUCUUUCUCCACUUCCUCUUCCUCUUCCUCCAAACUCUUGUUCCGCCAGCUUUUUGAGAAGGAAUCUUCCACCUACACUUACCUUCUCGCUGAUGCCUCGCACCCAGAAAAACCUGCACUUCUGAUUGACCCAGUUGAUAGGACAGUAGACAGGGACUUGUCGAUCAUUGAGCAACUGGGGUUGAAGCUUGUGUAUGCCAUGAACACACAUGUGCAUGCGGAUCAUGUCACUGGGACUGGCCUUAUCAAGAGCAAAGUUCCUUCUGUAAAAUCUGUUAUUUCAAAAGCAAGUGGUGCAACGGCAGAUCUUUAUGUGGAGCCAGGUGAUAAGGUCCAAAUUGGUGAUCUUUUUCUAGAGGUUCGUGCAACUCCUGGUCAUACCAAAGGUUGUGUUACCUAUGUUACUGGAGAUGCACCUGAUCAACCUCAACCUAGGAUGGCAUUCACUGGAGAUACCCUAUUAAUACGGGGAUGUGGUAGGACAGAUUUUCAGGGUGGGAGUUCAGAGCAGCUUUACAAAUCAAUCCAUUCACAGAUUUUAACACUGCCCAAGAGUACGUUAAUCUAUCCAGCUCAUGACUACAAAGGAUUCACUGUGAGCACUGUUGGAGAGGAGCUGCAAAACAAUCCACGCAUAACAAAGGAUGAGGAAACUUUCAAGAACAUCAUGGGAAAUCUUAACCUGUCAUAUCCUAAAAUGAUUGACAUAGCUGUCCCAGCUAAUAUGGUUUGCGGAAUCCAAUCCAAUCCAAAGCAAGCUGAGGCUUCAUAAGCCUUAUCUGAGAGUCACACACUGAUGUUAUUUGACACAAAGACCUUGCAAGCAAAAGGGGGAAAAAUUGUUAUAGCCCUUUGAAUUGAAGAGAAAAAUGGAAAUUGUAAAUAAAUAAAAUGGUAUUUGUGUUGUGGCCCAAUAUAAUUAGAAUUAGGUUCCAGUGAUUAUGCUGUGUUUCUGUUGUAUCUGAUUGUUUAUGUUAAAACUUCCUAAUCCUAUACUUCAAAGCCAAAUUUUCAGAAAUAACCGGUGAAAAUCAUAGUUUUUCUUGCUGUC